AUGGGGGUUUGGUGGGGGUCAGUGGGGGCUAUGAAAUGCACCAUCGAUAUCAUGAAUCGCUUUCACAAUGAUAAGGUGGGACAUUUCUAUGCUGCAAUUAGCGUUCGCAGAACCUCAAGGAUAGGCAGGGGUCUCAAGGAUUUGGGGUCUGACUCCUGUCUCAAGGAAGGGGCACAAUUAUAUUACAAGGUUGUUUCCGAAGUCAAUCAAUACAACCGUUUGUACGAAGAGUUGCGUUCAUUAGGUUCGGGAGCUUUUGGGGAAGUUAUGACGAUUUACGGGAAUGUACGCAAGAAAUGCAAAAAUUGA